AUGAUAAUGAACGGACUCACUAACUUCAUUUGCUUCACUGUGCUUAGCUUUUUUGCGUUAGUCACCGCGUUUCCCGUUGUUCGCGAGGUGUACACUCCACCAGUGAUCCUCCCCGAUGCGAGUACCGUUUGGGUCGUUGGUAACCAAUACAAUGUAACAUGGAAUGUCACCGACGCGCCGCCGCUUCAGAAUAUUACUGACAGAACUGGUUUUAUUGUUCUUGCAAAGGGCGGGGAUGAAGCUUGGGACAACAACACAUUGUUGGAGCUAGCCUCGGGCUUCUCCAUCUUGUCCGGUACUGUCGAGGUCACUUGCCCGAAAGUCCCUCCUGCAAAUGAUUACGCUAUCGUUUUAUUCGGUGAUUCUGGCAACUUCGGAAAUCUGUUCACUAUCGCUGAAUGA